AUGUUGGUAUCUUUGAUUAUUGGAGCUCUGAUCUUGCUUCUCGUCUGGGACUUCCGACGUAAGCGAUGCCGAGUUGCCACUUUUGAGAGAUCGAAAAUCUCCGGACCACUUUCGAUUCCUAUAUUGGGAAAUGGAGUGCAGGCAUUGACUUUGAAGCCGGAGAAUAUGAUCAAAAGGUUUGGAAAAUAUUUCAAUCAAUACGGCAACAACUUUCGUAUCUGGAUCCUAGGCGAAAGCUACAUGUAUACCAAGGACUUGAAGGUUUUUGAGGCCAUUCUUAGCAGUAGCACCCUACUGAAAAAGGCUGAGCUUUACCGAUAUAUGCGUGACUUCCUUAACGAUGGACUUCUUUUAAGCACGGGAAGAAAAUGGAUUUCUCGGAGGAAGGCUGUAACUCCCGCCUUUCACUAUAAAUGCCUCGAAUAUUUUGUGGAUAUAAUGGAUAGAAACAGUAGGAUUAUGGUGGAGAAAUUGAGAACGGUUGCAGAUGGGAAAACAUCAAUUGACCUUUUCAAGUAUGUAUCUUUGGAAGCUCUUGAUGUGACCACAGAGACCGCCAUGGGAGUCCAUGUGAAUGCCCAGAACGACCCUAACUGCGCCUACACCAAGGCGCUUAAGAGUGUGGUUUAUAUUGAGUCGAACCGGAUGGUAAGUGUCUUCCAGCGUUUUGACUGGCUUUUUCCGCUGGCAGCCCCAUUGGUUUACCGGCGAUUGCAAAGAGAUUUGCGCAUUAUGCAAGACUUUACCGACAAGGUCAUUCGCGAAAGACGAGCGAUUCUAGAUCAGUCAAAAGUUGACGGCACCUACAGACCGCUGAGUCUGGGAGAUGAAGAGACCGGUAGUAAAUCUAAAAUGGCCCUUCUGGACAUCCUGCUGCAAGCCUCUAUCGAAAAUAAGCCCCUAAGCGAUAAGGAUAUUCGUGAGGAGGUUAACGUCUUCAUAUUCGCGGGAGAUGACACCACCACCAGUGGGGUAUCCCAUGCCUUACGUGUCAUUUCAAGGCAUCCCAAAGUGCAGCAGUGCAUCUACGAGGAGCUAUUGUCUGUGCUGGGUCCAGAUCCCAACUCUCCAGUGACCCAGUCCCUGUUACUGGAUCUAAAAUAUCUUGAGUGCGUGAUCAAGGAGACAAUGCGUUUGUAUCCGCCAGUUCCAAUAGUCGGUAGAUACAUCCCCGAGGACUUGAGAGUGGGGGAUAAAACGAUUCCCGGCGAUACAAGCGUUUUACUAAUGCCGUACUAUGUCUUCCGAGAUCCAAAAUACUUUCCUGAUCCCCUUGUUUUUAGGCCCGAACGAUGGCUGAAUGGCAAAGAGGCGUCUCUCCCUACCUAUGCUUAUAUUCCUUUUAGUUCAGGACCCAAGAACUGCAUAGGAAAGAAGUUCGCCUACCUCCAAAUAAAAACGUUGAUAAGUAAGGUCAUACGACAUUACGAAUUACUUCCGCUUGGAGCGGACCCCAAUCCAACAUAUACAUUUAUAUUGAGUUCCUCUACAGGAUGUAAUAUUGGCCUCAGGCCUAGAAAAACUACAUAA